AUGCCGGCCACGACGUCGCCGGAACCGGCCUCUUCAAAGGCUGAAAAAAAAUCCAAAAAGACUCACAAGUCAGAAAAAAAGCGAUCCCGUGACGAGGACGGCGCUGCCGACACCGAAGAGCGCAAGCAUAAAAAAUCAAAGAGUGUCUCUGCCGAUGCCAGCCAAGAGCACCACGAUGUUACUGGCAAGAAGGACAAGAAGAAGAAGAAGAGCAAGCACGAUGGCGAACAAGACGAAGAAAGUAGCGAGAAGAAAUCGAAAAAGAAGCACGGCGACGGCGACAAGAAAGCGCAACGCAGAAAGAAACACCACAAUAAGGACAGUGACGACGCCGACGCUAUAGAAACGAACGCCGAUGAUGCUCUAGCGCAAUUGCAACUGGAACGCGAAAACGCACAGCAGGCAGUCGAUGCAAUGGAUAUCGAUGAGCCUGCUAUCAACUCCAUAUCCGAUAUAUACCAACCUCCCGACAUCCCCGCCAAGCCGCAAUUCCCCUUUUUCUCGCAGACAGUCUCGCUAUACGAACCCAUAUACCCCAUUGGCUGGGCGCAACCCGUCACAAAUUGCGAGUUCCACUACCUGCGCCAUCUGCAGAACAAGUAUGUGCCCUCACUGCGCGGCGUUCUUCUGAACUACAAGAAUGUGACGCUUGGUGAUGAGCCUAGUCGCGAGGGUGCUGCCAGGAAUGACGAGGAAGUCACAACUCUCAAAUCGCAGCGAGAGUACGGUGUGGGAUUCGGCUGGAUUACCGCUGAUGUGGACCUAUUUGUGCCUAGCCGUGGCGCUUGGAUGGAAGGCAGUGUCAAUUUGCAGACCGAGGGCCACAUUGGCGUCGUAUGCUUUGGCAAGUUCAACGCCUCUAUCGAGGCUCGCCGUCUACCCCCGUCUUGGAAGUGGGUGUCCAACGAGGACCCAGAGGCCGAGGGCAUGGAGGAGACGGCAUCAAUUGUCGCGCCCGACGAGCACGGUGUCGUGCAUCAGAUUCACAGCACUGGCUUUUGGGUUGACGCUAACGGCGACAAAAUCAAAGGCAAGAUCCGCUUUCGAAUACGCAAUUUUGACGUCGGUGUGAGUGGUGAGACGACGUACCUGAGUCUCGAGGGCACCAUGCUCGACAAGGCUAGCGAGAAGACUCUUGUGCAGCAAGAGGCACACGCGCUCAAGAUGCGCCGCGAUACCACCAAGUCGAACCGUCGCGUCGAGCGCCGCCGUGCACCCGAAUUCAGCAUGACACGCUUCUUCUCGGAAGAAGAGAAGCAGGCGCACGAGGAGCGAGAAGCCAUGCGGGCGGCAGAGCGGGCUGCGGCCGCUGAGGCUGAUACUGCAGCAGCAGCCUCGUCUGAGGGAACAAAGAUCGUGUUUGGUGAGUAA